UAACCAAGACGUUGUUUACAAAUGGCGGCGUCCAUGUAGCAUUUUAGACUAUUUAGAAUGGGGUCAGCUUCUAGUCGAUCCAGCCAAGUACACUCAUUUCAGGUGGACCAUACAGCCUCAAAAGAUGCAAGACCUCUGAACAGGUCCCUGUCACAUGAAUCAAAGAAUGUUCAGGUCAGACAAUCUGUGCAAAGUACUGAUGAAAAUGAAGAAGAGAAAGAAAAUAAUUCACCUGUUUCAAAUUUUACCUGUCCUGCAGAAAGAGAUGUAUUAAUAGUUACAUUAAAGAAACAGCUGGGUGAAAGUGAAAGCAACAACCUUGACCUUAAAGAUAGAAUUCAGAUGUUAGAAGAACAAAUAGUUGAUAUACAAUCACAGAAUGAAAUAACAGAACAUAAUGACCUUGUAGAGGAUACUUUAAAGGCAAAAGAUCAGAUAAUAGACAGAACUACCCAGGAAAAAGAACAACUUCAGAAAGACUUUAAUAAGCAGAAAAUGCGAUUGAAGAAAAGAAUAAAAGUGUUAACAUCACAAGUUAAUGAGGCCAGACAGGAAACAUCUAUUCAGUUGUUUGAAUUAAGAGAUGAAAUAAAUCGACUGACAGAGGAAAAUCGUAAUUUAAAUGAGAAACUUGACAACAAAGAGGGAAGGAGGCAAGUUUUCAUAGAGACAGACUACCUCAGUACUAGUAUCCAUGGUAAUAGUAGUCAGAUGAAAGUUGUAUUAGAAUUGUCCAAUCAAAUUUCAGAUCAGCAGAAUAGAAUUCAGGAAUUAGAAUCACAAUUAUUAGACCGAGAAGAGUUGUUAAAAUUAAAUGGAAUAUCAACUGAACAGAUUUCAAAAAGUAAGAGUAGAUUUUCUGAGAAUGAACAUAUUAAACAAGAGAAAAGUGCAAUGAAAAAAUUGUCUGAUAGCAUAUUUCUAGGUAACGACAAUGUUUCUGAUGAUGAAAAUAAUAUAUUUUCUGGAGAUGACAAUCGUGGGGUGUCUGGUGCUAGUCGAGAUUCUGGGAUAGGUUCAGCAGGAAAAGGAGGAAGAUCCCCAGUAAAGUCAAAUAAAAAAAAGCAGCAGUUAUCUCCCCUAGAUGACUCAGAUGAUUCAUGGGCAUCUGAUACACCUCUGUCUAGUCGUGAUCAAAAUAAAAUAAGAAGUGCUCCAUUAGAGACGCAGCAUAAACGAGCAGCAUCUAGAAGCAGUGGUAAGACACACGAGUCUGAAGAAGACAGUUUAUCAAUAGAUUAUGAUAUGCCUACAGUGGUCAAAUCUGCCAAAAUGAAGAAAAAGACAUCAUUUACACAGAGACUUAGAAGAGAAAAUGACUCCUCAAUAAGAACUCCUAUUCCUUAUGAAGCAUUUGGUGGGGAAGAAGAAAAAAAGUCAAAAAAGGGUUACAUGAAAACAAAAAACCAUUUUUUCCUUACUCAGGCAUCUUCACAGGGUUCUACACCUACAAAUGACAUUGAUGCUUUGUUAAUGUCUUAAGUCAUGUUUGUUAAAAUACCAAUCUGCUAUGUUACAUUCUUGCUACAGUGUAGCUGUAAGACAAGUCAUUAGGGACUGAUUUGAGUUUCCUAUAUCUAGUAACAGCCUAUCAUCUCAGAAUGGUUGUUAUUCUCUUUGUGCUGUUUUGGUUGCUGUGUUACUGUGAAUUAAUACUGGUUUAUCUUAUAUAAACAUACAAAGUCACAAACCACAAUGUUCAUACUAGAACAUAGACAAUUAUCAUUCUUUAAUAAAAUGUUACAUGUUUAGAAAUCAAGUUUCAAGCUAGAAAUCUUUCCUGUAUUCCCAUACUUAUUUACAGUGACAAGUAUAAAAUUUUUGUAAUAAAUUGUAAAUUUAGAAAUGUUUGCCAUGUUUUAAUUACAGGAAAAGUUGUGACAGGACAGGUUCAACAUGCAAAGUAAAGGCUCACAUUUUAAAUUUCAAUACAAUUGUAUAUAUUGUAUGCAGCAUUUACUGAGGUCACAAUAAUAAAUGUUGCAUUUUCGAUGAUUGUUCAACAAUCUCAUGACAAAUGCAUGCUAUAUUUCUCAACUGUAAUUUUUGCGAUGCUUUUAUUAUGGCAAAAACUGAAUUGGGAUAGGUUUGAGUAAAAACUUGUAUAAUUUAAAUUUUGUUACCAUUAUUUGUAUACAGCAUUUCCUGCAAUCGUAAUAAUAAACUAUCAUUUUUUUGCAUAAUGAAUGUAUGCAAAAAUUCUGAAUAUACAAUAAUUUUGAAUUUCAAAAUUACUUUUCCAAUAAAUGAUGAGUCACACAGUUCAUUGGAAUGAACAAUUGUAAGCCUUCGUUUUAAAGCUUAUGUUGUAAUUAUAUCUUCAAAAGUAAUUGAUUGUCACAGAAGAAGCUGUAAUUGGAAUUCUCUUCUCUUGGAAAAUUCAGUUUCUUAAGCACUUAUUUUCUGGUUUUAAAUCAUAAAUCAAUUUGAAAGUCAUUCAAGACUUUCUUCAAAUUAUACAUAACAAGAAGAUUUAUGAUUUAUUUGAAUUAUUUGGAAUUCAAUCUUCUUGAUGUGUCACCAGUUAUAGUAUUUAAAUGAAUUGACAACUAUUCUUGAAUGUUAUUGUUGCCGAAAAUAAAGUUGCUUCAUUUUAUUACCAAUUUCCCAGAAAAUUUUCAAUGUCAUAUUUAACGAUAGUAUGUACACUCUCAGAUGCUUACAAUACACUUAACCUGAUGUAUAUCAUGUAAUGAAGUUUUACACUCGUCUUUUUUUAUAAAUUACAUUUAGAUAUACAGAACUAUAAUAAAAUCAAUUACUUGAACAAGGCUGUAAAGUGCAUGAAUUUUUGAAAUAGGAAACAGGUCAUUGCUUCAACUGACACUUUCACAUAACUAUUUUAGUUUUUUUAGAGCAUAUAUAUCUGAGGCUGUCUGGUGACAACAGUCUUUGUGAACUGUAGUAAGAAAGAAGACACAAUAGUUCCAAUAUAGCAUAAGUAGUUGUAAAAUGAAAUCAAUUACUACUAUGCCUCUUUUUCUUUUUUUUUUAACUUGGAUGUAUUUUAUUAUUUUUAUAAAUCAUUGCCUCUGAAGAAAAAGUGUAAAGGAUCACAUGUCCUUUUUUCAUUAGGUAAAGCAUUUUAAUGUUUAACAAAUCUGAAGUUUCAAUGUUUAGUUAUGAUAUUUUGUGAUACGAAACCAGAAUAAAAAACAGUUUCAAUUGCAAAAAUGAAAAUAACUUGAUAAUACUCUUACUUAUUUAUAAGCAGUUUAUUUGUUUUCUCAAAGGAGAACUCAAUAAAGGACACUUAAUAUACACCCCCUAAAAAGAAUAAUACAUGAAAAGUACCAAGAACAGAAAAAAAACACAAAUGAA